GGAGAAAAAUCUGGCUAUUUGGAUAUGGCCCUUCCUAGCGCGAGCUACUGCUUGUGGCGAAGACCGCCUUUGCUCUCGCCGCCGCAGCCACCGCUGACGCUUCCCCCUCCUUCUCGACGACACAGGCUUUGUGCCUGCACCGCUCGAUCGUCUCUAUCUCCUGUUCAACAAACCAUUUCGGGCAUCGAGAACUCCGGCAUCAUCGCUUGCCUUCGCGCCAAUAGGUCUCUCUCUCUCUCUCUCUCGAUCGGCACGAUUUUGCUCAAUGUGUUUUUGAAUCUUACUCGGAGCCGGUGUGAAUGUGUGAUUGAUAGUCCGGAGCUGGCAUUUGAAGCUGCCUGCGCUGCGCUUGGAGCUGGCAUUACGGUUCUGGAAGUAGUCAGGUCCACCCCUGGUGUGUUUGAGGUUUUGCGUUGGCUGAUCGAAGAUCACCCUACAGCAACCCUCGGAGUUGGGACCAUUUUGAAUGCUGAGGAUGCUCAAAAUGCAAUAGUUGCCGGAGCCAAGUUCCUGAUGAGUCCUGCAAUGGUUAAGGACAUUUUGUCUGACUCACAAGAUUGUGGAGUCCUAUACAUCCCUGGAGUGAUGACCCCCACAGAAAUAUUGUCUGCAUAUGAUGCUGGUGCCAAGAUUGUGAAGGUAUACCCUGUUUCAACAUUAGGUGGAACUCACUACAUAUCAGCACUUAAGAAGCCUUUUCCUCACAUUCGCAUGGUUGCUUCUCAAGGCAUUCCAAGAGGGUUAGCUGGGGAAUACAUUGCUAAAGGAGCAUCCGCAGUUGUCCUCUCAGAUGCCAUAUUCUCUAAAAGCGCAAUGGCUCAAUGCAAUCUCAGUGAAAUAUCUAAAUUUGCUCACAUUGCAGCCUUGCAGGGCAGGGAAGCUGUCGAUCGGAGGAAAAGAUGCUUGGAAUAGGAAGUUUGUUGCCUAUGCAUCACCUCUAGGGGUAUGAAGGACUUGAGGAAUGUUCAUAUGCCUGAUGGGCACUGAAAUUUCAGGUGCACCUUGCGUCGGUGGAGUGCAUUUUCUUGCUGGACAGAGUGGUCGUUCGGUGAUCGAUCUCUUGUGACUGUGAUGCAAUUUUGUACAGUCACUCGUUACAAUCAAUCGAUGGUUGUCCUAAGGAUGACUCAAGUGGCAUUCAAAUGCUUUCCCAAUCGGCCAGUUUUUAAGAAAUGCGCAUCUUGGGCAAAUUCCAUUUGUGGAACACGAUGCUCCGAUUGCUGGAGCUCUG